AUGGCUGAAUCUAAUAUACUCAACUCUAAUCCUCCUCUUCAAACUCCCCCACCAGUUCAACAUUCCUUAUCAGAACAAAUCAAUAUUGCAACAAGAGCUGUACAUGCCCAGCUCAACAGAUUAAUCCUCCUUCGUUUGCCUCUCGCUUUGCCUCCAUAUACUACGAAUCCGUCGAUAUAUGUCUCAGGCAUCCUCCACAUUGCGCCGAUUUACAUUACCUUCGAGUCACUAUGGCAAUCUAUCAUAGAUGCACCCAGCCUUCCAAUAACCCUCGGUGACGAACAAUUAAGAUCGGACUGUCCCGGGGAUAGAUCUGAUUCAUUGGACUCUCAGGCAUCGAAAGUCUGCUCAAGAACUCAGUCCUUACUUUCACAUCUCCUUCUUCCUGGUCUCUUGCGUUCGGGGCGCCUCCAGGCCGAUAUUCGCACUCUUACUGGAACUCCCGAUCAUAAAAUCGAAAAGCAAUUGGAGACAGUCUCGGAUAAUGGAAGGCUAGCAGAGUUUAUUGCACACACGAAGCAAUCUGUGCAGACAAACCCACAUGUGCUAUUGGCAUAUGUGUGGGUAUUAUAUAUGGCUCUAUUCUCUGGCGGUCGAUACCUUCGAGCUUCACUCAAGACGGCGGGUGGAUUUGAGGACUUUUGGGAUAGGGAUCCCUCUCCCGUGCGUCCCUACGAAGCCACCCGAGCAUCGGGACCCAUCCACCCUCCCAGCCAAAAUCAGCCCGAACAAGAAGUACGCCCUUCCGCUCGUCGCCAAACUCGCUCUGAAUGUAGCCAGAUGAUGAAGAAACACGGUCUCCAAUUCUUCGAUUUCGUUGGGGAUGAGGAUGGCGAAGAUAUCAAACGCGAAUUUAAACGGCGCAUAGCAGAAUCGGAAGUCCUCUUGACAGAUGGCGAAAAAGCCGACAUCAUCAAAGAAGCGCAAGCAAUCUUUUCGUUUAUGGUUAUGAUGGUAUCGGAACUAGAUUCAAUAUGUGGAAGUACAGAAGAAGAUCUGGAGACGUUAAAAUCAUCUCAGUCUACGAGAUUACAUCGGGGCAGUAUUGCUCUUACACAAGAACGUCUUUCAAAAAUGAGAGAGGUCAAAAAUUCCGAUGAAGUAGAACGAAUGGAGAGAAAACCAAGUCUUUAUUCAUCAUUCAUUGAAGGUCCUAUGGCCAAAUUGGUGAGAUUUAAAGAUGGUCUGCCCGGUGGUACAGUGGGACCUCUGGCAAGAAAGUGUUCCAUCUCUCCUUUUGCUCAUGGUGAAAACUCUUCCGAAGAAACAACCGCAAUAAUUUCAGGGACGACUUUAUUGAUGGGACUUUUAACAGUGGGAGGGCCAUUAGUAGCAUUAACUGCAGCGGUUGCAACCUGGUACUACGUUGGCUAG